AUGCUCAGCAAGCGAAAAAACUCUCAGAAGCCUAAUGGCGAGCUAAUUAGUCGCUUUCAGCAAACAUUUGCAGAUAUUAUACCGCGGCUACCCAGUAGUGCGCCAAAUGUAGGGCCCCUCAACGAAGGGGCAGGCGGCCACGUCAUGCCUGCAAGCACCACGGAGGAUAACAGUGUUCACUUGGAUGAAUCCUCAAAGUUUGGGGAAUUCACCGAUGAUCGAACGCCGGAAGAUUUGCAAGAUCUUGGUCUCAGAUCCUGCUGGGUGGACACCGCACCGAUGCCGAUGAAGGCUCUUGCCAGCCAAUACCCCCAUUUCUAUACCCCCGUUUCUGGUGGAAUGGGCGCGAUAUUCCACAACCAAGCGGGCGAUUUGCACACCUCUCGAAUGCAAAUGGAUAACGUAGACCCGAUGUCAUUAUGGAACUCAGACCCAAUCACCCAUUCCAUCCCAGCAGGUAACUAUCUAGACCAAUUCGAUUCUCGUUUCACCCAGCACUUGCCAACUACGAGCCCCUUUGCCGACCAAAUAUCUCAUGCGCCCAGCGCAAUCAAGCACAUUGGCCCGGUUCACGACUCCAUGGAUAAAUUCGGCGAUCGACCGCCCCCCAAUGAAAUGCAGGUCAAUUUACCACCAAAUAUGACAGCCUUUAUGGACUUUUCAAGUCAAGUGAGCAUACGAUAUGGCGAUGGUGAAGACCUCCGUUAUAAAGUGUCUUUGCUGGACACAAUCGCAGUGGCCAAUCAUACAACGGGAAUCCCUGUGACCUAUCUCAAUAAAGGCCAAACCUACAAUCUCAGGGUUGUAGACCUGAAAGUGCCAGUAACCAGCACCGAAUCGAUUCGGUACCAAACAUUCAUCCAUAUCUCAUUCGAAGAAGAAAAGCAAAGGUCCAACCCUAUCGAACAUGUGGACUCAUAUCUACGUGGUGACGAUCACCACAGAAAUCGUCAGGCUCAUGUCGAAUAUACGUCCUUCGAUGGGUUCUGCAUUACGUGGACGGUUAACCCGGCUACGGGUACGUCGGAUUGCACCAUCCCCAUCCGGUUCUAUUUCCUAUCCACCGAUUUCAGCCGUUCUAAGGGUGUGAAAGGCAUUCCAGUCCGGCUGUGCGUCAAAACAGAAAUGCUGUUCCCAGGAGCUGCUUCCAAUGAAAUUCAGGAACCGGAGGUGUGUUACUGCCGAGUAAAGCUCUUUAGGGAUCACGGUGCCGAACGGAAGCUGUCCAACGAUAUCACACAUCUCAAAAAGACGAUUGAAAAGUUUCAACUGCGGAUCUCCCAGGCGGAGGCUGGUGGUGGCAACAGAAAGCGGAAACGGACCAAUCAACAUAAUAAAACCUCGAAACGCAAACGCAGAUUGUCAAUGGGUUCGCACGACGGAGUUGAGCAGGACGAGACCACAGAAAUCAUGUCUCUGGUCGAGAAUCUUCAAGCGAAGCUGGUUAUUAUGCAAGACAUGUUCUCGUCAAGACGUUCCGUGAGCAUACUCGCUCUGCGGGGCGACGAAAAAGACGACCCCGAUCUAUAUCCAGUUCUGUUAGCCAGUGGUGGCGAUUUGAAGAUUCAGACUUUUGGCUGGCAGCAAACUGGUGACUCGCAGUCAAUGGAGUCAGGCGUUCAUUUUUCAACCAGCAACGUUGAAACUGGAUCGUCACACAAGCAUUCUAGCCCCGAUUUGAAGGGAUCUCAGCGUACGACUACCAUCGAAAGAAUUUCAGGAGGUUCCAACGAAUCGACUGAUCUCAUGAAGGCUGUCGGUAUUGACCAAAACUACCAGCCCCCAGCGGAAAUUCAUCCCAAGCCAGUUGCAUGCUUCUACGUCCGGUUUACUGGGGAUUAUAAACACCCGCAAGACUACUACCGGGCCAUCUACCUGAAAAAACGCACCGUGCCAGAUCUGGUGGAUCAAAUUUCUCAAAUACAUCAGAUCGACCCAACACGCAUUGUUCGCAUUUUACAGGUGAAUAAAACUGGCCGACGAGUCAUAGUAGACAACGGUGUGGUCAGAGAGCUCCCUGAAGGGCAAGACAUGGUUGCAGACAUCAAUGAAACCUCGAACCCCGUCGGCAAAGAUGUUAACAUUGAUGGCUCUGCUGUCGAAAUCAUACUUACAUUCUAG